GAUUUCAACAUGGCGGACAGUUUGAGGUUAGCUUAACUUCGUAAAGUGAAACGAGCUUGGCCAGAUUUCCACCUUUAUUUUUAUGAAAUGGAAAAGGGAGAAACUCUCUGCCUCGAUAAGCUUGAAAAAUCAUACAGGGAAGUUGAGAAGCAACUUAAUUUAUGGAAGGAUACCCAGCGUCACUCUAAUGAACUGAUUCAGUCGUUGACAAGUCCAAUGGAGCAACUUCGCUCUUGUGCGAAAACUUCUUUCGAACGUUCUCCUCUGUGCGAUUUUGAGGGGUUAAAGGAAAAACUUGAAUACAAACUUUUGAAGCAAAUGGAGGGAAUCAUGGAAAAGAUUCAAGAUGAUCUGAACAUAUUCAAGGGUGUGUCAGACAAGGUUGCAAAACUUUGUUCAAGCAGUUUGGAAGUUUACGAAGCUCAUUCCAGUUAUCUUUCCAUGUCUGUGGUUUGUGAAGGGACUGGUACUCAGCCUUCAAUUGCAGACCUACUUGAGGGGCUCUGUGACUUGAACAGAAUACACAGUGGAUUAUAUCAUGACAAAAUUGACAUUUUGGGGAGAAUAACAUACACAGCACCAAUGGAAACUGUGUACAAGGCAGUCAGGGAAUGGACAUCCACACAGGACAGGAAUGAUUACAAGAUAAGAGAUAUCAUGGAGCCGGUGGCAGUAUUCCUUGCAAGUAGAAGUGGAAGCUAAAGAGUUGAGACAUCAAGGCCAACCUCACAUGUUGUGAGAGCGACUGUCUUUUGGGGAACGAUAUUCGCCUGAAACUGUACACGACACUGUACAACCAGACGUCAAAAAGUGUUACAAAUAGCGAUGUGUAACGAGCAACUCUCUUCGAGGAAUAAUCAAAAAAAUAUUCAUUCUUCAUUUCUUUGGAACUUGUUACGGCAAUGAGCAGCACACGUCUUUUCGCGAACCGCUGAUAGUCAUCACGUUUACUAAAUAUAUGCAUAGAGGCCCAUGUGAAAAGCACAUUGGAAUUCUCUGUGAAAGACAAUACAAAAAAAUUAUUUUCAAACCAGCAAGUACAUUGCAAAUAGUUCAAACGCUGCAAUUCGACCGUAAUUCCGGGAAGGAUGCUAUCAUGCUAAAAGUUUGAAAAAAAUGCUCAUGUAACAACUAUCUUAUCAGUUGACAUUAAAACCUUUGUUUUGAGGUGGAGGUGACCGUAGAUUCAGCUUUACUGCUCCUGUAAGUAGCUAGCAAUAUAGUGUUUUUUCCCCGAGACUACGCUGAUGAACGAAUGGUAUGAAUUCAAAAUUGAUGUCCAAGUUUCAGGAUCCACUUCUAUAUUUUGUGAGCGACUUUAUCGAAGUACUGUCUCACAUUUGUCUCUGGCCUUUUUCGAUGAAUGCUAAAAGAGAGACAAAGAAUAGCGGCAUUAACGGCAGACGGCUGAGAAGGAACUUCGUACCGUCUUCUUUUUUGUGCAAAUUCACUUAUUUGUUCCCUAACUUGCAGAUAUUUCCAUUAGCUGUGAACAAAGAUCUUCGCUCUGUUUUCCCACGGGGUUUAUGUAAGGAUUACAUGAAGAGAGAAUGAUAUUACAGUUCAUUUUUGCCGUU